AUUUUUAAGAAGCAUUGGCUUUCACUUGCUCGGCUUCCUGUUCAUUUCUUAACGAAGUUUAAAAGAAAAUGUGUCGAAGUUGUUAAUGGUGUUCUAAACUGUUAGUUCUGUGUAAUUCAGUGAAUUAGUGAGACUUCGAAGCACGAAAGACAAUUACAUAAAUUACAGUAUGGGAUCAACAUUUCGUCAUAAGCAUCUGUACACAUUUCAUAAAUUUUGGGAUGUGAAUGCAGACGGUGUUCUGACGUGGGAUGAUUUCCGACAGUUAGCUGAGAAAUAUACUAAGAUUCAGCGUCGUGGUAAAUUAGAUCAAGACGUGUACAAAAGAUGGGAAUCUAUCUUAGGAAAAUGGUGGGACGAGCUUACCCACCAUGCAGAUUUUAAUAAGGACAAAAUUGUGGAAUUCGAUGAGUGGCUGAAGUUUUUUCAUAAUUUGGGGCAGCAAACAAAAUCACACAAGGAAUUACCAGAUUUUUUACAGACGUAUUUACAACUUUUUUUCUUCAUUAUGGAUUCAAAUAAGGACGGCUUAUUCUGUGUAAAAGACUACAAAAAAUACCUUACCAGCCAUGAUAUGGAUGCCACUCGAGCAAAAGAAUGUUUUGAAACCAUGUUGAAUGACGAAGACCGAGCAAACGGAAACGCUAUGACAUCGGAUCGAUUUCGUGAGCUGGUGUAUGACUUUUGGGUAUCACAGGAUCCAAACAGUCCAGGAAAAUAUAUUUGUGGGACAUUUGACUCUGCAAUGUUACAAGAACUGGAAAAUAUGAACAAAUCCAAAUGAUAAAUUUCCUAAAAUUCACGAAACAUUUCGGAUUUAUUCACUGGAAUCAAAUUUUUGAUUUCCGUAAACAUAAUAUGGCGAAUUGUAAUUCUGGAGAGAAGAAACUCUUGGAAGGGAAAAGAUAUUUCGAAUUAACGUGCGCACAGCAUCUCCAAGCAACAUCCUUUACUAAAAAUGUAUUUAAUGAAUAAAGACGUUCUAAAAACACCA